UAUACAUGAACCCUAAUUGAUCUAACUCACAGCCACAUUAUAAUCAAAAACUUUCUUCACCAGCAAAUCCCAACCGGAAACUAAGACUUACAGACCUUUCUUCCCGUCGAUCAACCUCGCCGUUUCCGCAAUCUUCAUCCUACCAACACCGUUCCGAUUUGACCUGUUUGAAAAGAUGAGAUUGUUAACACACAAUAUGCUAUCUUCAAACAUUAGGGGUGUGGUGAAUGGGUUUCCGUUGCGUAUAGAAGCCGAGAAAGUGCUGGAAAAGAACGUGGAAAUGAAUAGCGACUUUUUGAAAAAGAUGUUUGAGAAGAUUGAGUGGAAGGCUUUUGUGGAAGCAUCGCGGGGAAUGGGAUACACUGAACUACCCGAGGAGGCUGACUCUUCCAUGCUGGAUUCAGACGAGUUUCUGAGCCGUUUCCAUCAUGCCCUGUUGGAACUUCACCUUGAAGAAGGUGCCCUUGUUUGCCCGGAGACUGGACGACGUUUCCCUGUUAGAAAGGGUAUUCCAAAUAUGCUUCUUCAUGAAGAUGAGGUCUGAAAUUUUUGUAAUUAGCCCGCACAUUAUUCACCUGUUUUCUUGUAUACUGUUUGCUGGUAAUGGAAAGAAAUCAACAUCGGUUAGGAUUCGUUGUUUUAAUCAAGUUGAUUCGUUAACUGUUGUUAGUAUGGCUUCCCUGUUGGGACAUUGCUUGAUGAUUUCACUAUUUCCAACUGCAUGUUAUAUUGAACUGCAACUAGAGCAUUGUAGUGUUUUGGUCUUGAUUAGUUUCUGUUAUUACUUGUGUGGCAGUAAUGGUUAAUUGAUGGUAA